AUGGUGUUCUCGGGACGGACUCUGUUCAUCACCGGCGCCUCGCGGGGGAUUGGUCUGGCCAUUGCCCUCCGGGCGGCCAAGGACGGCGCCAAUGUGGUGGUGGCGGCAAAGACGGUCAACCCACAUCCCAAGCUCGAUGGGACGAUCUACACGGCGGCGUCGGCGAUUGAAGAGGCAGGCGGGCGGGCCAUGCCGAUGCAGGUGGACAUUCGCGAUGCCGAGGCGGUGAAAGAGGCGAUGGAUCAUGCGGCCAAAGUGUUUGGUGGCGUGGACGUGCUGGUCAACAACGCGUCGGCUAUCUCGCUGACGGGCACGCUCGAGACGCCGGUGAAGACCUACGAUCUCAUGCACGCCAUCAACGCGCGUGGCACGUUUGUGACCACUCAGGCGGCACUGCCGCACCUACUCAAGUCGACUACCGGCCCUGCGCCGCAUGUGCUCAACAUCUCGCCGCCGCUCAACCUCGAUCCCAAGUGGUUCGCCGACCACACGGCGUACACGGCGGCCAAGUACGGCAUGUCGCUCGCGGUUCUCGGUAUGGCUGCCGAGUUUUCGGGCAAGGUGGCGUUCAACGCCCUCUGGCCACGCACCACCAUCGCCACCGCUGCCAUCAAGAACGUCAUUGGCGGCGACGAGCUGAUGAACCGUUCGCGCAAGCCCGACAUUGUCGCAGACGCUGCCGCCAUCAUCCUCGCCCAACCGAUCGAGUACUCGGGCAACUUUGCCAUCGACGAUGACAUCCUCCGCGACGCUACCCUCGGUGGCGAUCCAUCCAUUGACCUUGACUCCUACUCUGUCGUCCGCGGCGCCGAUCUCCAGCCCGACUUUUCCUCUAAGCGAGCCACGGCCCGCCGCGCUGGGCUUGUGCUUGUACCCGCUGCUGCCCACUACAUCGACGAGUCCGUGGUGCAGAGCAGGACGACGGACGGCCUGCAGUUUGAGGAUCUGGCUGAAGAUGAGUUUGAGGAGGAGCUUGUGGUGGGCAUCGGCGUCGACUCGGACGACGAUGGCCAGGGGCCCUCGCUCGAUCUGGCCCAGGUCGGCGGCAUGAUCGACAUCUCCAACAUGAGUGGCCAGGGCGCGUCGUCGUCGGGCUCCACCCCGCAGGUCUGGCGGCCCGAGGAUGGCCUUGCCGAGGGCGAGCAGCUCGACUACGAUCCGUCGGUGUACAACCUGUUCCACACCAUGGACAUGGAGUGGCCAGCGCUCUCGUUCGACAUUGUCCGCGACUCGCUCGGCUACCGCCGCUCGCGCUUCCCGCACACCGUCUACGCCGUGGCCGGAACGCAGGCCGAAGACGCAUCGGCCAACGCGCUGGUGGUGAUGAAGCUCUCAUCGCUGGCGCGCAACGGGCACGGCGAGAAGCCCGAGGCGUCCGACGACGAGUCGGACGACGAGUCUGACGAUGACGAGUUUGACAUGGAGCCUGUGGUCGAGUACCGCUCGAUCCCGUUCUCCGGCUGCGCCAAUCGGGUCCGCUCCAUGCCGCAGACGCCGACCACCAUCGCCGCGUGGUCCGACCUCGGCACCGUCGCCAUCUACGAUCUGCAGCACUACCUCUCGGCGCUCGACGUGCCGCCGCCGCUUCCGCUCGCCCGCGAGCCCGAGCCGAUGCACGUCUUUACCGGCCACACCAUGGAGGGCUUUGCGCUUGACUGGUCGCCUGUCACCCAGGGCCGCCUCCUCUCGGGCGACUGCGCCCGCAACAUCCACCUAUGGGAGCCGCGCGAGUCCGGGUGGGCCGUCGACAUUGCGCCGUACGUCGGCCACACCGACUCGGUCGAGGACCUGCAGUGGUCGCCGAACCAGGCCUCGGUCUUUGCUUCGGCCUCGGUCGACGGCUCGGUUGCCAUCUGGGACGUGCGCAAGAAGGGCGGGCCGGCCCUCUCGCGCCCAGCCCACUCAUCGGACGUCAACGUCAUCUCAUGGAACCCGCUCGUCGAGUUCCUUCUUGUCUCGGGCGGUGACGACGGCACUUUUGCCAUCUGGGACCUGCGCUUCUUCCAGGACGCCGACGAGGGUUACGAGCAGCGCUUCUCGUACCACUCGGCGCCCAUCACCUCGGUCGACUGGCACCCGACUGAGGCCUCCUCGCUCGCCGUCUCGUCCGACGACAACCAGAUCACUCUCUGGGACCUCGGCGUCGAGGCCGACGACGAGGAGCUCCGCAACGACGCAGAGUUUGUUGCAGACUACCCGCCGCAGCUUCUCUUUGUCCACCAGGGCCUCACCGAGGUCAAGGAGAUCCACUGGCACCCGCAGAUCCCGGGCAUGCUCAUGGCCACUGGUGCCGAGGGCUUUAACGUCUUCAAGCCCAUCAACUUUUAG